CUGGUCACACAGCAACUGAGUCAGAAGUUGAAGAAGAAGCAGAGACCGUAAUUUUUCCACGACUUAACCAAGCGAUUUACCGAGCGAAUCGAGCUGCAAUUGGCCAUUUAGCUAGCCGGAAGCAUUUAGAGCGUGAGCAUCAGAGUGCUGCAACUUGGAAGCGGUGCCUCCAGAGAAAUCGCAGUGCGAGAAGGCCCCGAAAACCGCUGGCCCAGCCCCAUUAUAAACAGAGAGGGGGGUGGAGAGUGGAGAGUGCGCAGCCGAGGAGUGUGUGUGGAGCGAGAAGAGAGGUCAGCAAACCCGUAAUUAAGAAAAAGUAGACACGUACGUGAAAGAUGUCAUCCGGAGAUUUUGGCAAUCCGCUGCGGAAGUUCAAGUUGGUCUUCCUGGGCGAGCAGAGCGUGGGAAAAACCUCGCUGAUCACUCGCUUCAUGUACGACAGCUUCGACAACACGUAUCAGGCGACGAUCGGAAUUGACUUCCUCUCGAAGACCAUGUACCUGGAGGAUCGCACGGUGCGCCUGCAGCUGUGGGACACGGCGGGCCAGGAGCGGUUCCGCUCUCUGAUACCCUCGUACAUUCGAGACUCCACGGUGGCCGUGGUCGUGUACGACAUCACCAACACCAACUCGUUCCACCAGACCUCCAAGUGGAUCGAUGACGUGCGCACGGAGCGGGGCAGCGACGUCAUCAUCAUGCUGGUCGGCAACAAGACGGAUCUCUCGGACAAGCGCCAGGUGUCCACCGAGGAGGGUGAGCGAAAGGCGAAGGAACUGAACGUUAUGUUCAUCGAGACGAGCGCUAAAGCCGGCUACAAUGUGAAGCAGUUGUUCCGGAGGGUGGCUGCGGCACUGCCCGGCAUGGAUUCCACGGAGAACAAACCCUCCGAGGACAUGCAGGAGGUGGUGCUGAAGGACUCGCCCAACGAGACAAAGGAUCCCGAGGGCGGCUGCGCCUGCUAGAACCGGUUGAGCCGACGACCCAACUCGAUCCAACAAUCCUCCCCUUUGAACAGCAGGAGCAGAUGCAGGAGAUCGGCCAACAGCACCGGUGUACACAGGUGUCAGGUGUAUGUCCUGGCUGGAUCUGCGGCUGAUUCCUCAACAUCUAUACACACAUACACACUUUACGUUUAAGUUUAUUUAUAAAGUAACAAAUGAUAGCAAAGGCAAAUAGACUAAACAACAAUUAACGAUAUCGGCUAACUAAUUAAUGUUAAUUGAGCAGUGCAGACGAGCUAAUCCCGAGCGUAGGCGAAUGCUAACUUAUUGACACGAGAUCAGGGAUCAGGAUCAGAGUAAUAUUUGCGAGUUAGCUACCAGACAAGAAUAUAGUGUUGUGCAUUUCCGAUACCCCACAAACCAAACCCCAACCAUGUACUUAUGUCAGGCCAGGCGGUCCAGGAUCCUCCGACAUUCCAGCUCUCGGCAUCUCCAACAGUCGUAGAUACCACGCAGCCAGCCUGUGUUCAAUGAUUCCACCAGCCAGGCAAUUUGUUUCCAAUUUUAGCCCCGUUCUAUUCUGUUUGCGGCUUUUGUUUCGCCAAUUUCGGUUCGGUUUUCGGUUUUUUUAGCACAGCGAGCGCGACUGCUAACUGGAACUUUGGAUGGCAUAGGACUUGGCCACGUGCAUCUUAUGAAUAAAUAUACACAGAUAUAUAAUAUGUAUUUUUAUGACUAAAACUGAAACAGACAUGCAGCACGAGCAGAGCAAACACUUAACAAUAUUAUUAACGAUUUUUGCUUCGAUUAGCGAGAGAUCUUUGUGCAUUUUUUACGCGAAAAGCAAAAGCUUACAAAAUUGAUAAUUGAAUAAAAACAUAAAACUAUGGAUGCAAUUUUUAAUAAAUCAAAUUAUGAAAAUGAAAAGUAUACAAGAUAUUAGCAAUAAAUUAAAA